UAUAUAUAGUUCUUGCAACUGAGUACCAUACAAUAGUAAAUAUCCCUAUUUACACUUCAGAGCUACCUUCUUACAAUCCUCUUAGAAUAUAUUGGUUUUUAUUAGAAUAUCAAGGAAAGAGAUACUGAAGAAAUCCAUAACGAUGGCUUCCUUAAAAUACGUCGUAUUUUCCUUACUAAUAAUGAUGCUAGUGCAUCAUUAUGCUGAAUCUAUGACAGUUCUAAGAAUAGAUAAGCAAGCAAUAGAAAGACAUACAUUCAAUAAAAGAUCAGUACAAAGAGGAUAUGAAAAAGGAGCAUCCAAUGGAAAUGGAGGAAUUGAUCAAGAGGAUGAAGAAGACUAUGAAGAAGAUCAUGAACGAGGAUAUCUUGAAGAAUUAGCCUCUUUGACCUCUUUUUCAAAACUUAAGGAAAAAACAAAACAAUUUUUUAACAAACUUAUAAAUACUAUAAUUAAUGCAACAAAUAAAGAAGUAUAUGCUAACGGAAAAAUAUGGAACACGAUUCGCUUGGACAAAAGGAAAUAAGGAUCGCGAUUGGAGCAAAAUAAUCUUUACGGACGAAACACCUUUUAGGUACCUUCUAUCAACGAUACCUUCGUUCAACGAUCUUAUACUACCACCAGUAAACUUAUCCAGCGAAUCGUUAAACACACGGUAAAGAUGCACGCUUGGGGCUGUUUCUCGGAGUAAGGAUUUGGCUACCUUUAUUUAUUUAUAGACAAUUUGAAUGCAGAAAAAAUGU